AUGGCAUUUUGGUCCAGCACUUCGGUUUUUACCUCUAAAGUGCCCCGUAAAAUCUUAUUCAUGUUCACCCUCUCCCUCUCUGUCACCUACUUGUUCUAUAGCUUGAUGAGCUGUUACAACUCGUUGCAGUUCCCCUUGCAAGAAAACUACGUGUACCAAGGGAGGCUGGUGACGGAGGAGACAACUUUCGUUACAUUAAGGGAUAAACUUUAUUCUACAUCAUCCCAGGGCUUCAUCGACGAGGAACUGAUCGAAGCUACCGAUGCUGACAGAAAAAUAACAAUUACCACCGUCAAACAUAAUGUGGAAACCGAGCAAAGAACGAUGGAGUGGGUUAGGACUCAGGCGUCUCCAACUAAAGCCGCCUCGGUGUAUCACUCCACCGCGUUGGAGAGGGAACACCAGGAUAUCAGCACCACGGACAGCGAACUCAGGGUGAACUGCACCUCGGAUUAUGGGGAGAAAAAACUACCCCAAGCCAUUAUAAUUGGAGUGAAGAAAGGAGGAACCAGGGCUCUACUUGAAGCUUUGAGGGUCCAUCCCGACGUCAGAGCCGUUGGAAACGAGCCACAUUUCUUCGAUAGGAACUAUGAAAGGGGACUAGACUGGUACAGAGACCUGAUGCCUUCCACACUGGAGGGACAGAUCACAAUGGAGAAGACACCAAGCUACUUUGUGACUAACCACGCCCCCAAGCGUAUCCACUCAAUGGCCAGGGACAUCAAGCUCAUUAUAGUGGUGCGAAACCCAGUCACCAGAGCCAUUUCGGACUACACACAGACUCUGUCCAAAAAACCUGAGAUCCCUACCUUUGAGGUUCUGGCCUUCAAGAACCGGACGCUGGGACUGAUAGAUGCAUCGUGGAGUGCUUUGCGUAUUGGGAUCUAUGCACUCCACUUGGAGAGCUGGAUGCAGUACUUCCCUCUCUCCCAGAUGCACUUUGUCAGUGGAGAAAGGCUUAUUGUUGAUCCUGCGGGUGAGAUGGCCAAGGUGCAGGACUUUCUUGGACUCAAGAGGAUUGUCACGGAUAAACACUUUUACUUCAACAAAACAAAGGGAUUUCCUUGUCUAAAAAAGCCAGAAGACAGCAGUACCCCCAGGUGUCUGGGCAAGUCUAAAGGGAGAACUCACCCUAAAAUUGACCCUGACGUUAUUAGACGACUGCACAAGUUCUUCAAACCCUUUAACAUGAUGUUCUACCAAAUGACUGGCCAAAACUUUGAAUGGGAGCUUGAGGCGGGCAGUGACUCGAAUAGCUCUCGGGACUAGCAGACUGCCGCUCGGCACAGCACAGCCACACCACCAGCCUUCUCAAUUAAACAACUAGUGUCCCCUUCAUCCUUGGAGCGAGUGCUUGAGCACGU